CUGUGUUUAAUCAUAAGAAGAACUAUGGAAACCACGUUGUUUUGUUUAUUCCAGAAUUUGCGUCGCACCCCAUUUGGCUUGCCUUUUGAUCAAGGUGAGCUACUGUAAGACCAUAGCAACCGUUACCCAUCCGUCAUAGUUACUACUUUUGUAUAUUAAACAAACUACUUUUACCGGUAACAGGCGCAAUUUGAAUAUUUUUUGUCAUUUUAUAUCGAGUAAUUGAAGAUGGCUUUACAAAACACGAGAAAAAACUUUGUGAAAGAUCAGUCUAAAUUAACUUAUCAAAAUAGCAUAGAUCCACGUCCUCUUAUGCCAGGAAUAUACACCAGACAUCACCCUAGGGAAUGUAGCCAUUUGCUGCGUUUCCGACCUAUUCAUAUGCGACACGAUAAUCCUUACGAAGGAAAAGAAAUGGAGCAGCUUAUUUCAAAGGACAACAUACGCAAUCUACUAAUCCCUAGUCAGAGCAUGUCCGUUUAUCCGGUGAUUUGGCAUAAAAACGAUUACUUCAAGUUGCAGAACAAAGCCAAGUUGAAAACAAUGGAUGAUAAGCUCAACGAGUUUAAGCUUAAUGAGAUAGAAAAGAAAAACAUGCUUGAGGAGUCCGAGAAACGCAAGAAGCAUUUACAGGAAAUUGAUCGAGAGCGUCAAGCAAGAGGCACCGUAGGAAAUAUUUUGGAUGAAAAUAAGGACGAAGAUACUGGCACGGCUGCCAGAAAGAUAAUAGACAGAGCAUUCAACGCUAAACAAGAGCAAGAAGAGGAAGUCAAAAGAGCAAAUCGAAUUAUUCUGGCUGCCAAAUGCCAUAUCAUUCGAGAUGCGCAAAUAGCGGAAAAGCAAGAAAUAGAACGUGAAUUACGUUCAGAAGAAUUAAGAUUGGAAAAAAUGAUGCUAAGUGAAAAUGAAAAAGCACUCCAAGAAGAAGAAAAAAAACGUGACCUUAAUAAAAUACUAACAACCCAGCAUUCAGAAGAAAUUCGCAAUCAGCUUUUGCAGAAAGAAAAAAUGCGCCUCAAAGAAGCUGAAAGAAUUGAGGAGGAAGCACGUGUUCUGAAGCAAGCACAACAAGCGAUUGUCGAAGAUGAAAAGCGCAGAGAAAAGGAACGUAUUGACCGCAUCAAUGUUGUACGAAAUGAUCUAAAGAAAGCCUACGAACUUUCCGCGUACUACAAGCAGUUAGAAUUUGAAGAACAGCGCCUAGCAGAACUUAAGGUACAAGAGUAUACGAGACUUCGAAAUGAACGUCAAGCAAAAUUGGAGUUCGAAAAGAAAAUUGCAGCGGAAGCCAAAGAACGUGAACAAGAUAGAAUGUUGAAAAUACAGCAGAAGUUACUCACUACGAAAUCAUCCAAAAACGACAUGGAUCUACGUCGAGGACAAGAACAUGUUGAACGCGAGUUUCGGCGAAGAGAGAAAGAAGCUGCCAUACGGAAACGUGAAUUGGAACAACAAAUUGCAAUAGCUCGGGCGGCCCAAUUGGAGGCUGUGAAAACAGAACGAGCGAUGCAGAUAGCACGAGAUGAGCUAGAUCACAAAAAAGCUGUCGAAAAACUUAAACAAGAAGAAACAAAAGAAACCGAAACCAGGAAAAAGCAACUUCGUCUCCGAGAAAAUUAUCGUGAAGAAAUAAUCCAGCAAAUAAAUCUUAAAGAGCAAGAACGGCGUGAGCUGGAACGAUGCUCUAAAAAAGAACAUGCUGCAAUGCAAGAAGCAACGAAAAAGCGUGAAUUAGCCAUCAAAUCUACCAUAUCCAAUAAAAUUAAAAUGAUGAAAGAGAGCAGAGUUCCUGAUCGCUUCAUAAAGGAUGUUGAAAGGCAACUUAAUUCCAUUAAAACAGAGUCGUAAUCCUGACUAUCUAGUAUAAAGUUACUUUAUAGAUACAUUGCGCAUAAAUUGAAGUGAUUUUAUUUAUUUUUAUUUCAUUUUAAAUAUUAAAAAAAACUUUCGCUUUUCACAAAAUGUUUGAAUUAUUUUACAGAACGCAUAGUUGUGCGUAGAAGAUGUCAUAAAUAAAUGGUGUAUCAAAAAGACACAGAAAAAAAA